AUGUUAAAACAUGGACAAAUAGAAAAAUCUUAUGCCAGCUGGUCUUCACCUGUUAUUUUAGUGAAAAAAAAGGACGGAAGUUAUCGUUUUGUUGUUGAUUACCGCUCCUUGAACAAUAUUACUGAACGUGAUUGUUAUCCAUUGCCACGCAUAGAUGACACGUUAAAUCGAUUAAAUGGUAAUAAUUAUUUUACAAAGCUUGACUUAAAAUCGGGUUACCAUCAAAUUCGUAUUCAUCCCGAUGAUAAAGAUAAAACAACUUUUGUUACAUCACAUGGAGCUUUUCGUUUUAAUGUAAUGCCUCAAGGGCUUAAGAACUCUCCAUCGAAUUUUCAACGUUUAAUGUACGAUUUAUUAGUCAGUUCUAGAUGGGAUUAUACUCUUGUAUAUCUUGACGAUGUGGUGAUAUUUUCUCGAACAUUCGAUCAACAUGUUCAUCAUUUAAAUGAAAUUUUGUCCACUUUAUCAUCAGCUCGUCUUCAAUUGAACCCCCAAAAAUGUUCCUUUGUUAAAGGAGAAAUUGAUUACCUUGGCCAUACCAUUAAUGGCCAAGGCAUACGUCCAUUACAAUCAAACAUCGAUGCGAUUUUACAACUUCCUAUACCAUCUACACCGAAACAAGUCCAUUCUUUCGUUCAAGCGGCCAAUUAUUAUCGUAAUCAUAUCAAAAUUUUUUCUAAAUUAGCAGCACCGUUGUUCCCAUAUACAAAGAAGAAUGCCAUUUGGAUAGGUUGGACCGACGCGAUGAACAAUGCUUUUAUCGAAUUGAAACAUCGACUAACUGAACCACCAAUAUUUUUAAAUUUUCCCGAAGAUGAUGGACAAUUUAUUUUGUCAAUAGACGCUUCUGGUGAAGAAUAUCAUAUCACCAAAAUUACUUAUAAACGUGGCCGAUGUAAUUGUGAUGCUGAUUUAUUGUCUCGAUUCCCUUAUGAUGAAAGUGAUAUUGAUGAUAAUGGUCAUCCUCAUCGUGUUCGAUGUUUUACUUCAACAUUAACUUCAUCGAUUCAACCAAUACAACUCAAUGUUAUUACUCGAUCAAAAUCCAAAGCUAUACAACAAUCUUCAUCUCCUACAUCUCCAUCAGCCACUGUUCCUUUAUCUUCCGAUAGUUCUACUAUCCAUCAUCGUUCAAUAUUUGACCUAUAUAUUGAUCGCAUUCGAAUCGAACAAAUGAAAGAUGUUAAUCUCUCUAAUCGAAUCAAAUCUAUUUUAGCACAACCCAAUCAAUAUCCUCAUGAAAUUGUCGAUGAUGGCAUCCUGUACAAAGUGAUUAAUCGAAUUGAUGGGUCUAUCAUACAAUUACCAUGGUUACCAGCAUCAUUAAUUCCAGAUGUUUUAUUUUUAUAUCACGAUCAUCCAAUGAGUGGUCACUUUGGUGUCACUCGAACAUUUCACAAAGUUCAAGAACAAUUCUUUUUCCCUCGCAUGUAUGAUCAUAUUAAACGAUAUAUUCGCUCGUGUAGUGCUUGUGCUCAAUUUAAUGUUCAACGACAAAAGAAACCAGGAUUUUUACAAUGUGAAUUACCACCUGAUGGAGUUUUCGAAAUUAUGCAAAUGGACUUUUGGAAAGCACCAAUUCGUUCAUUCAAUGGUAAUCAAUACGUUCUAAUAAUUACUGAUCGUUUAUCAAAAUUCGUUUUUGCUCGUGCUUUACCAUCAGCUACUGCGGCAGCUGCAGCUGAAAUGCUUUUAGAAGAUAUUAUUCUUAAACAUGGAUCUAUUCGUUAUCUCCAAUCCGAUCAAGGAUCCCAUUUUCGUAAUGAACUUUUAUCUGCAAUCACAGCUUUAACUGGUUGUCAACAAGUCUUUUCUAUUCCUUAUCAUCCAAUGUCUAAUGGGCAGGUGGAACGGUUCAACUCGACGUUUUGUGAUCAAUUGAAGAAAUAUUGUCAUCAUAAUUUGACUGAAUGGGAUAAUUAUUUGUCUGCUGUUGUAUGGGCUUAUAACUCUACAGUUCAUUCAACCACUCAGUUUAUUCCAUAUGAAUUAGCUUUUAAUCGACGUCCACUAUCUCCAUUUGUUCCUACUCCAACUGCUAUAAAACUAAUGAAACCACAUGAUUAUUGGGAGAAAGCUAAUCGUUUUAAAUCAUUCGCCCUUCGAUCAGCUCGGAUUAACAUUCAACAACAACAGAUUGCUAGUAAAGAACGUUAUGAUCAAGGUCGUCGUCAUCCUAUAUACAAAGCAGGCGAUUUUGUUUGGUUAAAACAUUCCAUCAAUCGAACGAAAUUCGAUGUACGCUUCGAUGGUCCAUUUGUCAUCAUCAAUCGUAUCAAUCAGGUUAAAUAUCUUAUCGAACACACGGAAUUAGGUUAUCGUCAGUAUGAACAUCUCAAUAAUCUUAUUCCAUUUUAUGAUCGAGAUUAA